AUAAUCCUAUUAAUCAGAGUAUUUCGUCGGAAUGACUAAGCUAGACAUCCACCAGCGCAGUUUGCGUUCGAAUCGGUUUGUAUUUUCGAAGGAUAGCUUACUUAAGUUGUUUUUCCUUUGCCAGUGAUGAAUCACUGAAAUGUGGCUUCACUGUAGAUUAUAAUCAUAAGGGAUUAUCUUCAUCCUUUUAUCUGCUGUUGAGAGGGACAGAACUACCUGCCAUGUGGUAAAGACGUGCGCUUCUGUGUAAAUAUUUCAGGCAAAGUUGAUGGAAAGGUCCGGUGAGAAUAAAACCAACCCUUUGCUCAUUUAGGAGAAGAUGUUUCUCUGGUCAUCUGUGUUCUCCAAAGAACCCCAGGUUCCUGGUCAGCGCUCGCCUGAGGAACUGGUAACUAACAUGUUGAUUUUAGAAUUGGGUUAUUUGCUGAAGCGCACCGAACGCCUGCGCCAGGAGAGGGCGAUGGAGAACCGCAGGCGCAGCUCUUCUGUGGAUUACAGCUGGCUGGCUGCACCUCCACAAAAGUCCGCCUAUGAGAUUCCAGCUGGGGAGAUACUGGAGCUUCAGGAUUUGUGUGCCAAGGUUUCUCCCUCCCAAUGUGGUCCCCUCAUUCUCAGGCUGAGGAAAGUGGUGACAGAGGCAGAGCCAGAGGUGACUGAGGUGUCUCGCCUGUUUCGUUCCGUUCUGUGUAACUUCCUGGACGAGGUGGAGGAGGGGGAAACCAAGGAGACAGCACUGAAGGCUCGGGCCAACCGCAGCAAGAGCAUGUCUGUCAUCAACCUGCACUCACGGCUCCGCGUCAACCCGCUGUGGAGUAGAGUCACAGUCAGUCGUGACGCUGAGGACCAAGGUGAGGAGGAAGAAGAGGAUGAAGACAAUAUCCACAGAAACAGGAGGAUCAGGAGCAUGCCUGAUAUCAGUGUAGUGGAAGAAAGAGCGCUUACCUGAACAAGCUUUGGAGUCAGAAACUCUAUGAUAUGGACAAUCAUUUGGGCUUUGGACAUUACACAGAUUAUUUUAAAGCACUGCUUGUUUAUCACUUAUAAUGGAAGAAAGCUUAAUUAGCAGUACUCUCUUAAAAACAAAGGUUUCAAAAGGAGGAUUUGCAGUGAAUAAUGUGAAGAACAAUUUUGGGUUCCACAAAGAUCCUUUCAGUGCAAAGUUUUUUCUUAGUGUGAAGAACAACAGCUGAUAUCCAAAGCUACAUCUUUGUACUCUUUUUACCCCCAAAUGGUACACAGUACCUCAAAGUAGGGCUAGGUAAAAAAAAAAAAAAAGAUUUUAAUAGCUUCUCAUUUUUAUGAAACGAUCCCAGAUAGCACGUGUACGUCUGCAAGAUGUCUGUUAAAGAUCACUUGAUCUGUAAAGCAUCUGCUGUGUACAAACAUCUGGUAGACGUCUGUAAGAUGUCAGUUUUACAUACAUUCUAAAUCAUGAACAUCUUAAAGACAUCUAAUAGACGUCUAUUUGACAUCUGAUAGAAAACAUCCAAUAGACGUACUGCAGAUGAGCAAACGCUCUAAAAAAUAUGUCUUGCAAAUGUAAAUGCAGACGUCCAAUAGACAUCUCCGAGAUGUACGUGUGCUGUCAGGGUAUAAAUGCUAACCCAGACAGCACAUGUACAUCUGCAAGAUGUCUGUUACACAUCAUUCGAUCUGGAAAGCAUCUGCUGUGUACAAACAUCUGACAAGAUGAUGUCAGUUUUACAUACAUUUUAAAUUAUAAACAUCUUAAAGACAUCUAAUAGACAUGUAUUUGACAUCUGAUAGGAAACGUCCUAUAGACGCAUUGCAGAUGAGUUAACAUUCUAAAAAAUAAGUCUUGCACAUGUAAAUGCAGACAUCAGAUAGACAUAUCCGAGAUGUACGUGUGCUGUCAGGGUAUAAAUGCUAACCCAGACAGCACAUGUACGUCUGCAAGAUGUCUGUUACACAUCAUUCGAUCUGGAAAGCAUCUGCUGUGUACAAACAUCUGACAAGAUGAUGUCAGUUUUACAUACAUUUUAACAUCUUAAAGACAUCUAAUAGACAUGUAUUUGACAUCUGAUAGGAAACGUCCUAUAGACGUAUUGCAGAUGAGUUAACAUUCUAAAAAAUAAGUCUUGCACAUGUAAAUGCAGACAUCAAAUAGACAUAUCCGAGAUGUACUUGUGAUAUUAGGGAAACGAUUAGUGUAGCCUGUUUUCAGUUAAUGAAUAGAAUAUUGUAGCGCACCUAUCAUUCCAAUAAAUCACAAAUUUUGUGCUUUGUUAUUUCUGAUACGAAAUGAAGUCUCAGGAUUUUAAAUUCUGUCCGUUCUAUUUCAGCUUUUGAACUAUUUUUGGCGCUGUUUACUGUGGAAUGACAGAUCGCUGUUGCGCCUCAGUUCAAGAGAAACGGGCAGCGUUUCACCACGAAAUAAAAAUUAAUAAACAUACGAAGAUAUGUUAAAAGAAAGAAUACAACUUACCGAAAUCCAUAUUCUGUCUCAUGUAAUCGCUAGUGUUUCAAACACCGAAAGGCGUCAAUACAGCUGCCAGCUUGUAAACAAAGUCACCUAAUGUAUCAUUUACCUCAGAAAAACAUAGUCGGUGACUGGUACCUCAUCUAGAAAAAUAAACUCUAGAGAUGAACAUUUUGCUAAAUAUAUAGUAUUUUUACUGUUCUUAAAUGUUUAAUUAUUGUUUAAAUAAAUCCGUUUUCGUAGUCAGCAUUUAAAUGUUUAUAUUGCAAAAAAAAACGAAUUGGACAAAUAUAAUUAUGCUAUCCCCUGGUGAAAAAAACAGCAUAUGCUGGUAGCUCUGUUUUGAUGCUGGGAUGCUGGUUAGGUAGGUUUUGAUGCUGGUUUAAGCUGGUUUAUGCUGGUCCUUGACCAGCAACAUGACCAGCAAAAACCAGCAAAGGACCAGCUUAAACCAGCAUCAAAACAUACCUACCAGCAUAUGCUGGUUUUUUCAUCAGGGUAGUUGUACACUUUAUUAUUAUAAAACAGUGAGUGUAAUUAUACAAUAUACAAGUUAAUUUUAACCUUAACCAGUAAUAAUGUAGGCUAC